CACAUAAAAAAAUAAAAAUAAUAAUACAGAAAAAAUAAAGUAGAGAGAGAAAGAAGAUGAAGGGCACUUUACCACUUUUAUAUGUUGCACGCAUCCAUAGCAGAAUACAGAAGGAAACCCCAUAGUACUACUACUUAACAAAGUCUCAAACAACAAGCAAAAAAAAAAAAAAAAAAGAAAGAAAGAAAGAAAAUGGUGUGUUUGUGGUACUAAAAAAAAAAUUGGAGUCUUUGAGGUACAAGAUGAAGAAGAAGCUAAGUCUUUCAUGGUAGGACUGUUUUUUUUUUUCUUUUUUAGAAAGUUUAUCAAUAGGGAAGUUUUGGGUUUUGGGUGUUUUUUAUUUUUUGGUUGUUUUAGAUGAAGGCCAUGCCCCUAUCCUUUGAGGAAUUUCAAGGGAAGGGGGCUUUAGAUUUUUCUUCUUCAACAUCAUCUUGUUCAGAUUCAUCACUGUUAUUACAACACCAGCAUCAACAACACGAAAAAGAAGGGAAGUGGCAGAACAAGGGAGGAGAUUGUUGCUAUGUGGGCAGUGAGCCCAUUGAUAAUAAUAUUAAGACCAGAAGAAAAAGAAGCCCAAGUCCUUCUUCAACACUGUCUUCUUCUCUCGGCGGUGGAGGCAGCGGUGGUGGUGCCUCCACGGAUACAACCGGUGUGGCAGCCACCACCACUGUUGUCUCUGCCACCACCAAUACAAGCCAGUCCUUGGAUGUAGGAAAAUGUGGUUUAGGUAUGGAAGAUUGGGAGAGUGUUUUGUCUGGUUCUCCUAAUCAAGACCAGUCCAUUUUGAGGUUAAUUAUGGGUGAUAUUGAUGACCCUUCUAUGGGGUUAAACAAGAUUCUUCAACCACCAAGUGGCGGCGGCGGCGGCGGUGGGUCGGAAAAUAUGGAGUUCAAUGCUGGUUUUGGUGUGGUGGAUCAUGGUUUCGGCUUCGAUUCCAUUACUAGUAGCGUUAGCUUGAUCAACAACGUCGACCCUCCUAUAAGCUGCUCUGAUUUUCCGGUGACAUCAAAUCCGCCGAGUCUUUUGCCGCCUCCUUCGCCGUGUGUAUUUCCACAACAGCAAUCACAGCUUCAGGUUAUGGAUGAAAAGCCACAGAUUUUCAAUCCGCAGAUGAUAAUAAACCAGAAUCAAGCUCGGUUUACACAAAACCCGACCAUGUUCUUACCUCUUUCGUAUGCUCAAUUGCAAGAGCAUAGCCUUUUAUCGCCUCCGCCGCCGAAGCGAUUCAACUCCGGUGGACCUUUUUCGGGUUCGGGACCGGAGCUUUAUCUAAGGCGUCAACAGCAACAACAGAUCCAAAUGCUUCAGCAAAGGCCAAUUACAGGGAAACCGAAAAUCGUUACGGAUGAUCUGGCGAACCAGCAGCUUCAGCAGGCGAUAAUUGAUCAAUUAAUUCAGGCCGCAGAGCUGAUCGAAACCGGUGAUCCGGUACUCGCGCAAGGGAUAUUGGCGCGGCUCAAUCACCAGCUCUCCCCUGUAGGUAAGCCCUUUAUAAGAGCUGCUUUCUACUUCAAGGAGGCCUUACAAUUAUUAUUUCCUUUGAACACUAGCAAUACAUCAGUUAUGUCCAAUUAUAACAUGAUAUUCAAGAUUGGUGCUUACAAAUCGUUCUCCGAGAUAUCUCCGAUCGUUCAGUUCGCGAAUUUUACUUGUAAUCAAGCGUUACUCGAGGUUUUCGAAGGGUGUAAUAGGGUUCAUAUAAUCGAUUUCGAUGUUGGUUAUGGUGGACAAUGGGCUUCUUUGAUGCAAGAACUUGUUUUAAGAAAUGGUGGUGCACCUUCUAUGAAAAUUACUGCCUUUGCUUCACCUUCAAGUCAUGAUGAUAUCGAACUCGGUUUCACAAUCGAAAACCUUAAGCAUUAUGCUAGUGAAAUCAACAUGGAUUUUGAUAUCGAAAUCAUGAGCCUUGAGGCCUUGAAUUCGGGUUCUUGGCCGUUGCCUUUGCACUUGGGCGAAAACGAAGCGAUUGCUGUUAAUCUCCCGAUCGGUUCAUUUUCCAAUUACCCUUCAAUCUUGCCCUUGGUCCUUCGUUUUGUCAAGCAGUUAUCGCCCAAGAUUGUUGUCUCGUUAGACCGAGGUUGUGACAGAACUGAUGUCCCGUUCCCUCACCAUAUAAUCCAUGCACUCCAAUCGUAUUCCGGCCUCCUUGAGUCCCUUGAUGCGGUGAACAUGAACCUUGAUGCCUUGGAAAAGAUUGAAAGGUUCUUCCUUCAACCAAGCAUUGAAAAAAUUGUGUUGGGUCGACAUCGGUCUCUUGAAAGAAGACCUCCAUGGAGGAGUUUGUUUAUACAAUCCGGAUUCUCUCCAUUAACUUUCAGUAACUUCACCGAGUCUCAAGCCGAGUGUUUGAUUCAACGAACUCCGAUUAGAGGUUUCCACGUCGAGAAGAGGCAGUCAUCUCUCGUUCUUUGUUGGCAGAGACGUGAACUAAUCGCGGCUUCAGCUUGGAGGUGCUGAUAAUGAUACCCGGUUUUAGCCCGUAACUUAAUGCAUUUUUAGUUUCUGAUAUCUUUGUUUUCCUUGAAAUUUUUGUUUUGCCUGUGAUUCUCUUAAAAAGCUAAUUGUCUAUUAUGUACCAUUAGGUCCCUAUUGUUUGAAAUCAAAAACCAAAAACAUUUUAGCUAAAAA